AUGACGUCAAAAUAUGGCGCCUUGAUCAGCUGGGUGUUGUGUAGUGCGUGCUUGAGAUGCCCGUCUUUAGAAAAUCAACCGAGACUGUCGUCUGUCUACUAAGAUACUUUCGCGUGCUUGUAAUGUGGCUAGUUGUGAGAACUGCAUCGAUUUCGUCGACAUACGCAUCGUUCGGUGCAAUGUGUUCUCGAUAGCACCGCCAUUUUGUCGCUUGUUAGUGGAUAAACAAAUGACGAUGUCGUCGUGGGUACUUUGGGUUCGAGGCUAGGUGUUACAGGUAAUUGGGAUGCAUCAAGCAAAUGUACUUCGACAGACAUUAAUCUAAAAAAAAUUAACGUUGGAUAAUGAGACCAUUGAACAGUGAAAUCUGGCAGAACUUCUUUAAAAAAUGAUCAAGGAAGAACUCAACGCGAUAUGCCACCAGAUAGACCAGAUUCCACAGGUAUGGAAAGAGGAAUAGAGUUGAGAUCCAAUCAGAUUUUCAAUUUUCAAGAUGCAACUUAUACAACUAAAGAACGUAAUAAUACAAAUGCGUUUGUAGAAUCCAAUUCGAGUUACGAUGUUCAAGAAGAAUUACCUAUCAAUGAAAAAUCUAUAGAAAAGAACAAUCAUUCAGACGAUGACUUAACUUCUCUCAGCUGGUUACAUCAACAAAAUUUAUUAAAGGGAUUAGAAAUAUCAAACCCCAGCAAGGAUAUCAAGAACGAAAAUCUUUUAAAUAACAAUGUGUGCGACGAUAUUGCAGACUUCUCUGAAAAUACAAAUUCUGUUUCCAGUUUGGAUGAUAGUUACUGUUCAGAAAUUAGCAGUAAAAAAACAAAUUCUACAUCACAAAGCCAUGGACAGCAAAACUAUCAGCACUCGAAUAGGAAUUGCCAGAAGUCCAGUCAAGUGUUUAAUGACUGCAUGAAAGGUCAUUAUGAAACUUCUCCGAGUGAUCAAACAAAGAUAUCAUUGAGCAACAACAAUUUGCCAGUGUCAAAUCGCAACAAGCAUCCUACACAUAUCCCUUACGAUCCACAUUUACAUAGAAAUAGUAAACCACCAUACUCGUUCUCCUGUUUAAUUUUUAUGGCGAUCGAGGACAGCCCUGUGAAAGCUCUUCCAGUUAAAGAAGUUUAUGCAUGGAUUUUGGAUCACUUUCCAUAUUUUAGGAAUGCACCUACUGGUUGGAAAAAUUCCGUUCGUCAUAAUUUGAGUCUGAACAAAUGUUUUCGUAAGGUAGAAAAAGCUCCAAAUUUAGGUAAGGGCUCAUUAUGGAUGGUAGAUGCUCAAUAUCGUCCGAAUUUGAUACAGGCAUUAUCUCGUGCUCCUUUUCCACCUCCAACCGCACAAAAUCUUUCUACUCCAGAAAAAAGUCAAAGGAAGAAUGCAAGUGCACGUCUUCCGGAUCCUGUCUUAUUCCCAUACCUUUCCAAAAGACUGGCAUCUAGCAAUAUUAGCGAAACUCCUGAAACAGAGGUAGACAGUGACGUGGAUGCUGCAGCCGCGGCUAUGCUUUCCUUUAAACACGGGCCAAUUAUAUUGAAUCACAAUAGAGAUCGCAAGAAAAAAAUAUUGGAAUCUGAAAAAUUAGUUCCUGUAAUCACAAGAAGUUCUAGCGAAGAUCAUACAUAUAGUUGUAUUACUUCCAUCAAAUUGGAAAACAAGUACUCAAACGAGGAGGUCUCUACUGAUUUCGAUGAGCAAAGGAAAAUAGCAGAAGGGGCGGAUGCGCUUCUUAAUUUAGCGGGCGUUAAUACGACACCCAAUAAUAACAAAAUACAUCACGUACAAGCUACGAAUCCUGUAUCAAAAUCAGAGAGCGUGACAAAAUCUAAAAGACGGUUAGUUUCGAACGAUUAUUCGAGCACAGCGGAGAAGAAACGUAAACGUUGGCGAGAGUGGGGCGAAGGAAAUCGGUACCUAAAGCAUAUUAGAGGUUAAUAUGAAAUUUUUCUCAUAUACAUAUAUGUAACUAUAGUGAUGAGAACUUCCAGCUAGUGCGUGUAUCAGACAGUGUCUAGGGACACGUUUUAUAAAAGUAUUUGGUAAAGAACGUUUCUUGAUUUUUGCGGUAUUAGCUUCGGCGAAAGAAUGAUCUUUAACGUUUUGGUUCUAUAUAUGAAGUCUUUUAUAUUGACUAUUAUAUAGGAGUAUUUAUAGAAAACAAAGAAAAGAAUGUAUAUGCGCACGUAAUUAUCUAUAACGUAUCAGAUAACGUUCGAGAGUGGUAUCGGAAGAAAAAUCUUUGUAAGGUGCAUUUCUAAAGAAUUGGCGAUUGCUCAGGGUUCAGAACUCGCUAUAUGCCAAAUGAAAUUCGGUAGCACUAAGCAGCAAGCAAUAAUAGCAAUGUAGUUGUAAAAGAGUUACUUUCUAAAGAUGUUAUUUUAACAUGGUGUAGAGAGAGAGAGAGAGAGAGAGAGAGAGAGAGAGAGAGAGAGAGAGAGAGAGAGAGAGAGAGAGAGAGUGAGAGAGAGAGAGAGAGAGAGA